AUGUCUCGUAUUAUUGUGAAAGGUUUACCAAGUUUUUUAACAGAUGAUAAUUUGAAGCAGCAUUUCGAGAAAAGAUUGAAUCAGACUCAUAAGAAUGAACCCAUCAAUAGUUUGAUCACUGAUGUCAAGAUCCUUAGAAAUAGAGAAGGUGAAAGUAGAAAAUUUGCCUUUAUUGGGUAUCACAAUGAAGAAGAUGCAUUUGAUGCAGUCAAUUAUUUCAAUGGGUCCUAUAUUAAUACUGCCAAAUUAGAAGUAUCGAUGGCUAAAAGUUUCGCUGAUCCAAGAGUUCCACAACCAAUGAAAGAAAGGAAGAGAGAGGCAUUAAAACGAUUUAGGGAAAAGGAGGAAAGAUUACUAGCUGAAUCAGAUAAGAAAAAGCAAAAAGUAAAGGAGAAGGAAAGAAGACUAUCUAUCGAUGCUGAAAUUUCGAAGAACAAGCAAUUACAAGAGUUUAUUGAAACAAUGAAGCCAAGUUCUCAAGUACCUUCCUGGGAAAAACCAGUAUCUCAUAAAAAUGCUGAAGAAGAUAAUGAGGAAUCAAGCAAUCCACUUUUGGCUCUUCUUAAUAACGGAGAUGACGAUAAGAAACCACUUCUUAAGGAAAAUGAAAGUGAUGAUGAAUAUGCUGACUUCAACAAAGACCAAAAAGAUGAACAAGAAGAUGAACCUAUGAUGAAAUUGGAUGACCUAAACACAACUGAAACUACAGAAAAAAAAACUAGAGAAGAUGAUCAUCUCGCACAAGAUGAAAAAGUUUCUGAUCUUAAUUGGUUUAAACAACGUCGUGUAAGGAUUAGAGAAGGUGAGAGUGAAGCAGCCAAGCCUUCCAGUUUAUCGAAAGAAGGAAAUACUGAAGGAAAUGCAUCAUUGAAAGAGAAUACUGAUUCAGAAAAUAAGAACGAUGAAGAAGAAAAGAAGGAAGAGCAAGAACCACAACAAACUCCAGAGGAUAUUGCAAUGGAAAAGAUAAGUAAAACAGGCCGUCUUUUUCUUCGUAAUAUUCUUUACACUACUACCGAGGAUGACUUCAGGAAACUUUUCGGUCCCUUCGGUGAAUUGGAAGAAGUUCAUGUUGCAUUAGAUACUAGAACAGGUAAAUCAAAAGGGUUUGCUUAUAUUCUAUUCAAAGAUCCAAAAGAGGCUGUUCAAGCCUAUAUUGAGCUAGAUAAACAGAUUUUUCAAGGUAGACUUUUACACAUUCUUCCUGCCGAUGCUAAGAAAUCUCAUCGUCUUGAUGAAUUCGAUUUGAAAAAUAUGCCAUUGAAGAAGCAACGGGAAUUGAAAAAGAAAGAUAAUGCCUCAAGGCAGACAUUUUCAUGGAACUCCUUAUAUAUGAAUCAGGAUGCUGUCCUUGGAAGUGUUGCCGCCAAAUUGGGAUUAAAGAAAUCUGAUUUAAUUGAUCCUGAAAGUUCGAAUUCUGCUGUUAAACAGGCUCUAGCUGAAGCUCAUAUAAUUGGUGAUGUUAGAAAAUAUUUUGAAUCUAAAGGUGUUGAUUUGACGAAAUUUGCCCAAACAAAAUCACCAGAACAAAGAGAUGCAAAAGUGAUUCUUGUUAAGAAUUUUCCAUACGGAACAACAAGAGAGGAAAUCGGAGAAUUAUUUUUGCCAUUUGGUAAACUGAAAAGAUUACUAAUGCCACCAUCAGGUACAAUAGCCAUUGUGGAAUAUAGAGAUACAACCUCAGGGAGGAGUGCCUUUACAAAAUUAGCAUUUAAGAGAUUUAAGGAUGGUAUUAUUUAUUUAGAAAAGGGACCAAAAGAUUGUUUUACAAGAGACGCAGAACCUGCUGAUCUUAUUGAAGCUGACGCUCCUGAAGAAAAUGUUGUGGAGGUGAAGGAUACCGUAAAAGAAAUAAUGGAUAGCACUGAUAAAACCAGCAAUGAGGAACAUGAAGACGAACAUGUUGCCGAUGGCCCUACAGUUUCUAUAUUUAUCAAGAAUCUGAAUUUUACUACUACCAGUGUGGAACUAUCUAAAAGAUUCAAGACUUUCAGUGGAUUCGUUGUUGCGCAAGUUAAGACUAAACCUGAUCCAAAGCACGCAGAUAAGACUUUAUCUAUGGGUUUCGGAUUUGCUGAAUUUAGAACUAAAGAACAAGCUAAUGCAGUUAUCUCAGCAUUGGACGGGACGGUAAUAGAUGGACAUAGAAUUCAAUUAAAAUUAUCUCAUAGACAGGGUUCUUCUAAUACUACUAGCAGUGCUAAGGGUAAGAAGAUUAAGAGUGGUAAGAUUAUUGUGAAGAAUUUACCAUUUGAAGCUACAAGAAAGGAUGUAUUUGAAUUGUUUAAUUCGUUCGGACAAUUGAAAUCCGUGAGAGUUCCAAAGAAGUUUGAUAAGUCUGCCAGAGGUUUUGCAUUUGUUGAAUUCUUAUUGCCUAAAGAAGCUGAAAAUGCUAUGGAUCAAUUACAAGGUGUUCAUUUAUUAGGGCGUAGGUUAGUUAUGCAAUACGCCCAGGAAGAAGCAGCAGAUGCCGAAGAAGAGAUUGCUCGUAUGACCAAGAAAGUUAAGAAACAAGUUGUAUCUAGUGAAUUGGCUGCCUUAAGAAACAGCGGUGGUAGAAAGAAGCUAGAAUUAGAAGAUGACGAGAAUGAUGGACUAAAUGGGUUUUGA